UAUAAAGUAACAGCCCUUCAAUCUUCAUAUACCCUCAAGAAAACAAACGAAAUCUUAUCAAUGAUGAUGUUCAGAAACGAAAAAGAUAUUGCCGAGAAAAUUUAUUUCAUUGGAUUUGUUGGGGGAAAUUAGAACGACGCGUGUGGAUUCUCGAGGAAGAAGAUGAAGUUCUGCAAGAAGUACGAGGAGUAUUUGCGAGGUCAGGAGAAGAAACUGAAACUACCUGGAUUUCAGUUCAAGCGGCUCAAGAAGAUUCUGAAGAAUUGUAGCAGAGAUUUUCAGUCUCGACAUCGCCAUGGCGAUGACGUUUGCUCCGCCAUCGCCGUUCAGAGGUGUCCAGAUCACUGUUCAGUGUGCGACGGUACUUUCUUCCCCUUCCUUCUCAAGGAAAUGUCUGCAAUAGUUGGCUGCUUUAAUCAGCGAGCACAGAAAUUGCUUCAGCUGCACCUCGCUUCUGGCUUUAGAAAACAUCUUUUAUGGUUCAAAGGCAAACGGGACAGUGACCAUACUUUCUUAGUUCAAGAAGGGAAGGAAUUGGUUAAUUAUGCAUUGAUGAACGCCAUUGCAGUUAGGAAGAUCUUGAAGAAAUACGAUAAGAUUCAUUACUCCAAACAAGGGCAAACUUUCAAGUCACAAGCUCACAGUAAGCACAUUGAGAUCCUGCAAUCUCCAUGGCUAUCAGAGCUUAUAGCAUUCCACAUUAACCUGAAGGAGACACCACACAGAUCUAAGAGGAUUUCUUCAGUAUUGGAGGAAUGUUCCCUUGCAAUUACUGAUGGAAAGCCAUCACUUACUUGUGAGCUCUUCGAUUCAAUCAAACUCGACAUCGACUUGGAGUGUUCCAUAUGUUUGGACAUAGUAUUUGAUCCUGUUUCUCUCACUUGCGGCCAUAUAUUUUGCCACAUGUGUGCUUGCUCGGCAGCUUCAGUAACCAUAGUUGAUGGACUAAAGUCCGCAAAUCCAAGAGCAAAGUGCCCACUCUGCCGUCAGGCAAAGGUUUACGAAGGUGCUGUUCAUUUGGAAGAGCUCAGUAUUCUAUUAAGGCGAAGCUGCCCUGAGUACUGGGGGAAACGUCUCCGAACUGAAAGGGCAGAGAGAGUUAAGCAAGCAAAGGAGCAUUGGGAAUCCAUGUCUCGAGCAUUCAUGGGAGUCUAGUUAGUACCCCUUUUACUUUUUAUUAGAAUUUCACAGUAGUUUAAGCCACUUGAAAAGGUUCCCAGAAGUUGAUCCCGUUUGUGGAAAUUAAGGGUAUUUUG